ACCCCACCUUGAGUGCGCAGCUCUCCAGCCCGCGUGAACGCUUCCCCCAGACACCACCACCCUUUGGAAUGGCCAACAGGGGACCUGCCUAUGGCCUGAGCCGGGAGGUGCAGCAGAAGAUUGAGAAACAAUAUGAUGCGGACCUGGAGCAGAUCCUGAUCCAAUGGAUCACCACCCAGUGCCGCAAGGAUGUGUGCUGGCCCCAGCCUGGGCGCGAGAACUUCCAGAACUGGCUCAAGGAUGGCACGGUGCUGUGUGACCUCAUUAACGGGCUGUACCCCGAGGGGCAGGCCCCAGUGAGGAAGAUCCAGUCCUUCACCAUGGCCUUCAAUCAGAUGGAGCAGAUCUCCCAGUUCCUGCAAGCAGCCGAGCGCUACGGCAUCAACACCACUGACAUCUUCCAGACUGUGGACCUCUGGGAAGGAAAGAACGUGGCCUGUGUGCAGCGGACACUAAUGAACCUGGGUGGGCUGGCGGUAGCCCAGAACAAUGGGCUCUUCUCUGGAGAUCCCAGCUGGUUUCCCAAGAAAUCCAAGGAGAACCCUCGGAACUUCUCAGACGACCAGCUGCAGGAGGGCAAGAAUGUGAUUGGGUUACAGAUGGGGACCAACCGCGGGGCAUCACAGGCAGGCAUGACUGGCUACGGGAUGCCAUGA